AUGAAACUCUUAUUUUCAAUUAUAUUUUUAAUCUUUUCAAUUAACUCAGUUUUUUCAAAAAAUGAAACAAUUGUAUUAACUCCAUUCAGAGAUUCAAAAUGCACUCAAGUUGGUGGUGGUAUUGGUUAUGGUUAUAUGCCAGAAUUGACAUCUAUGAAUUCAAAUUUAAUUCAAGUUUUUGGAAAUUUUUAUGACCUUUUAGAUUUCUCUGAAUCAACAAAAAGUGAUCAACUCAAGAUGAGCGUACUUGGUUCAAAUGGAAAACCUUAUGUUACAGAGAUAUUCAAUUUUAAUACAUGCCAAUAUUCAACCUAUUUUAAAGGUUAUUAUUUAGUUGAAUUGAAUGCUGAUUUACCAAAAAAUUCAUUACAAUUUAAUGUAUGGAGUAAAUCUGGUAGUUUUGGUGACCCAUGUAGUAUUGAUAAUUAUCAAAACUUUACUUUUGUAACAAAUGGUACAACAGUUGAUUAUGAUAAUCAAAGUUCAACUCAAGAAUUUACUUGUGUAGAAGGAAUUCCAUACAUCACAAUUUGUGGUGAUAAUUCUAAUUCCUGUAAUACAAACCAUUUAACUACAUGUUUUGAUGCUCAAUAUAAAGCAACUUGCAUUAAUUAA